CACGUGAAGUCAAGUCCGCGUCUUUCAUUCCUCUGUGUUUUUUUUUAAAGUCUGUUCUGUUCUUCUGUUGCAUUAGCAUGGCAAGGUCAAUGGAAGAAGCAAUGGGUCUGGGUUUGAUUUCCAGGACAUGCAGUAUUUCAAAAUGCAUCAUCUUCUUUCUGAUUUUGGUGUUCCAUCCCACAACUGAAGCUUACGAUUCUCUUGAUCCAAAUGGAAAUAUCACGAUAAAGUGGGAUAUCAUGAGCUGGACUCCAGAUGGAUACGUUGCGGUCGUAUCAAUCUUCAACUUCCAGAAAUAUCGUCAUAUCCAAGCCCCUGGAUGGACAUUGGGAUGGACAUGGUAUAAAAAAGAAGUGAUUUGGAACAUGGUGGGAGCUCAAACAACAGAGCAGGGUGAUUGUUCGAGAUUCAAAGGGAACAUCCCUCAUUGUUGUAAAAAGAAGCCAGAGGUUGUGGAUUUGUUGCCAGGAACUCCGUACAACCAAAUGGUAGCAAAUUGCUGCAAAGGAGGAGUAAUAAAUUCAUGGGUUCAGGAUCCAGGUAAUGCAGUUAGCUCUUUCCAGAUUGUUGUUGGUUCUUCAGGCACUUCCAACAAAACUGUGAGAGCACCAAGGAAUUUCACAUUGAGUGCACCUGGACCUGGAUAUACUUGUGGACCUGCAAGGAUUGUCCGACCAAGUAAAUUCAAAUCGGCUGAUCAGAGGAGAGAAACUCAAGCUUUGUGGACAUGGAACGAUACCUGUACAUACUCUCAAUUUCUCUCCCAAAAUGCUCCUGCAUGCUGUGUUUCUCUCUCCGCCUUUUAUAAUGAAACAAUUGUCCCAUGUCCAACAUGCAGUUGUGGCUGCCAAAAUAAUAUAACUCAUCCAGGAAGUUGCGUGGAGGGAGAUUCGCCGUAUUUAGCAUCCGCUCUUGCACGUCCUGGAAAAAAUAGUUUCACACCUUUAGUAGAAUGUACAAGCCACAUGUGUCCCGUUCGCAUUCACUGGCAUGUGAAGACCAACUAUAAAGAGUAUUGGCGGGUGAAGGUCACGAUUACUAAUUUUAAUUACAGGAUGAACUAUACACAGUGGAAUUUAGUUGCUCAGCAUCCAAAUUUUGAUAAUCUCACACAAAUAUUCAGCUUCAACUACAAAAGCUUAUCUACUUACGGAUCCAUAAAUGAUACGGCAAUGCUAUGGGGGAUAAAAUUCUACAAUGAAUUGCUCUUGCAAGCAGGGCCUAUGGGAAAUGUACAGUCAGAGUUUCUUUUUAAAAAGGACAAGGCAAGUUUUACCUUUGACAAAGGGUGGGCUUUUCCUCGGCGGAUUUAUUUCAAUGGUGAUAAUUGCGUCAUGCCACCCCCUGAUGCCUACCCAUGGCUGCCAAAUUCUACUUCCAGAGCACUUAUUCCUUUGAUUCAAAUAGUUUCAGCUUUCUUGGCUGCUUUUGCAUUCUUAAUAUCUGCAGUCUGAUGAAAGAAGAAGAAGGUUUUGUUUUUGACAAGUACAUCAUGUCAGCUGAAGCUUAUGGAAAAAUAUCAGAAGAUUGCUUGUGCGCCUGCUAUGUUGAGACCUCUUCCACAUGUGCGGCCAGGUUAAGUUAUCACGUUUAAUUUCAGUGUCCAUAUGUUUACCUAGAGCAGUUGUGUUGAUAAUAAUAUAUACAUAUGUGUAGCUGCAUCUGAUUGUACACAUUUCGUGAUCAACUUCAUUGAUCUAAAUUAACGCUCCAGACUCCAGAGUAUCUACCCUUUAAUGUAUACCAUUAUCUGCCAGACACGAAUAGAGAUCCCCGCAAUUUCUACCUUGAUACUCCUUUAUUGAUAAUAAUAUUUUCUGCC